GGUCUGAAACGAAACUUUGACCGCCGACUGAAGGUCGAAAACGAUCCGGGAGAAGAGGCAGUGAUGGCUGAAGAUGCAGAUUUGGUGCAGUUGUUGCCGGCAGGUCAUUCGGUUGGAAGUAUUCGAUCGCGGCGUCCCCUGAUGUACAUAUUUUCGGGCGGCAAUGAAGAUGCAGCAAUUUUUUCGGUGAAUGGCUUCACAAUAUUGCUGGAUGGUGGCGACCGCAAAGAUGUACCCUACUGGAAUCUCAUCCGCAAUUAUGAUAAAAGUAAUAAUUAA